AUGGAGGCCUUUGCACCCGGAGCCACGGUGAUCCACUCCGUUAGCCAGAAAGUGCACAAAGUUGGCGAUGACCGCCGGCUGCUGUGCCGAGCCCGUGUUGCCGAGCAGAUGCUGCGUCUCUUGGAAGUCCCGGAGACCAUGUCCAGCUCGGAGGAGACAGCAAUGGAGCCGGUCCAGGAGGAGGAGCCACUUCCUGGAGGAGCCGGGUACGAGCGGGUACGAGGUGUCCAACUUGAGCAGCAGCGGCGUGGGCCGAAUCCCCGUGUGCCACCCGUCUCCUUCGGGACCACCUUGCAAGGGCUUGGCCGUUCCUACAGCGGCAUAGUGCUCAAGCCCGCCGAGCCGACAGAGCCCGGGAAGAAGCGGGCGAAGACCGAGCCCGUGCCUUGGGGAGUCUUGCCAGCAAUGGUGCGCGCUGAGUUGCAGCGGGGCAUUCCGAUCCAUCUCGCCGGCAAGAGUGUGGCGGCUCUUUCACCGACGACUCGAGCCGUCGCCCAGACCGGCAUCGCGGAACAUGAGGUCAACGUGGUGCGCCCGGAGUUCACCAUCGGCAAGGCCAUGUUUUCGCACCAAAAGCUGGGCGAGCUGCCGAAGCAGGUCCCGGCCUUCCUGAUCAGCCGCUCAGACACGCUUGCCCAGACCGUUACGGUGGAGCUUGACCAUUCGUUCAUGCAGAUUGCCUUUUGCUCGAGCCAGAGGACAGCUAGGACCAGCAGGACGACUGCCGCCAUGAGCAGGCCUCCAGCAACAUCGCGCAAGGUCGGGCGCGUGGUGGUGCUACUGGCGCUGUUCCUGGUGUGUUUGCCAGAGCCUAAGACCAGCGCAUUGAACAGCGUUAGAAGUGUUCCCGAGCAGCUUCAGGCGAGCAACGCGGACGGCGCGGGCUUUGCUUGGAGCGGGGGCCGUGCCGUUUUCGAGGUGGGAUGUGAUGUAUGGCAUGGA